AGCCACACACUCAUAGAGCUGGAAUUAUUCGGAGUAAAAUGGCGUUGAACAAGCAAGUUCUGCUAAAGAAUACUAGUAGAUUACCACCAAUGCCUCCGAGAGGUGUGCCAGGAGGAAGGCCCUCGGGUGGUAAGCCUCAUGGAAUUGGAAGGAAACGAGACUUCACUCCCUUGCCAUGGAGCAAUUACUUUGACAGCUGUGAAGAUGUUGUACUCAAUGACAAUGAUAGUUUUAGAGUUUACAAGAAAGGUAAUGAAGGUCCAGUGGUGUUCUUUCUCCAUGGUGGAGGACAUUCAGCUCUUUCAUGGGCUUUGCUUGCACAACAGUUGACUGGUAUGGUGAAUUGUAGAGUAGUUGCUAUGGAUAUGAGAGGGCAUGGAGAUACCCAUACAUCCCAUUGUGAGGACCUUUCUGCCGAUACUCUGGCCAGUGAUAUUGGUGCUGUAAUAGGUAAGAUGUAUCCAAACAAUGACUGCCCUCCAAUCAUCUUAGUAGGGCAUAGUAUGGGCGGAGCCAUCGCUAUUCAUACAGCUGUCAAGUUUCUUGUUCCAUCUCUACUUGGCCUUGUGGUCAUUGAUGUUGUAGAAGGUACAGCAAUGGAUGCACUUCAGUCUAUGCAAAGCUUCUUAAGAGGUAGACCAAAACAGUUCAAAUCCCUGGAAUAUGCAAUAGAAUGGGCAGUUAAAACUGGUCAAAUCAGAAAUGUAGAAUCAGCAAGAGUUUCUAUGCUUGGGCAAGUUAAACCGUGUGUACAGUCACAAAACCCCACAGAAGUCAAUACACCAGUGCCUAGCAUGUCUAUGGAUGGUGUUAUUACAGAAGAAGGAGAAUCACAUGAGACGUUGCCUCAGAGUUCAACACAAGCAGCUGCAUCUUCAUCAAGCCAGGAAAGCCAUACUCCAUACACAUGGAGGAUAGACCUUGGUAAAACAGAACAGUAUUGGGCAGGUUGGUUCAGAGGAAUGUCAAAUCUCUUUCUUUCUUGUAAUGUUCCAAAGAUGCUCAUAUUAGCUGGUGUCGACAGAUUGGACAAAGACUUGACCAUUGGUCAGAUGCAAGGAAAGUUUCAGAUGCAGGUUUUACCUCAGUGUGGUCACGCAGUACAUGAAGACCAACCACAAAAGGUUGCUGAUGCUCUUGCAACUUUUAUAACAAGAAACAAGUUUGCAGAGGCUAUUGGCGGCUUUGAACAACCUUUCCCCUGCUGUUGAUGAGUCUUCUUGAAGAUGGGUCACACUCAACAAAAAUUCUGUUAUCUUGUUUUGAGCAAGAAGUGUUGUCAUCAUACUUUGAGAAGCAUAGGAUGCUGGCGUCCAAGAUGAAAUGAAUGCAAGUUUCUGGUAUUUCCUGGACUAUACCUUGAGGGAGGACAGCAUAAAGGAGUAACAUGAUAGCAAAUAUUGCUUACUAGUUGAAAAAUGCUGGAUAAUGUGCAGUGAAUGGAGAAACCAGCUGUAUGUCUCAGGAAUUAGGGAAGGAUGGGGAUGAAGAAGGCUAUCAGAUUGAAGUAAAAGUUUAUUCUUCUCAAGAUUAUCUUUAAUGAUUAUUGUAUGGAAGCCACUACAGCAUUUCAUAAAAAAAAAUUGUCUGUCAAUGUCUCGGAUAUGACAACUUUCUUUGAUUUUGAUUGUCAUAGAAGCACAGUUCCUGAGGUAACUGUCAGAUGAAACAAACUUUGUCGGAUAAAAUGUCUGGCAAGUCCUUUCAUGAAAUGCUCCCCUGUUCAUUCUUUGUCAGUCAGUACAGAGGACUGUGAGCAGUUGAUUACUUUUAUCCACGGUGGCUGCUGCAUGCUUUGGUGGGAUUUGGUUGAAAGUAGUGAACUAUUAUCUCAACUUCUGUAACUACUGCUUUAGAGCCUGAUGAAAAUACAUUUGAAAUAUCCUUUAUCAUUCAAAGGAGACUGAGAAAGAAAUAGAAGAGUGAAGUCAUUUAUCAAAUAUCAUUUGCGAAGAAUAAAAAAAGGAAUUAUCUAUUUUGUAUGGACAAAAUUUCCUUAACAUGAAUUCAAGUUUUUGCCCGAAAAUGGCUUAUAUGAAAUGCAUUUGUACUUGUACUCUUAAUACCACAUGCAAAUAGUACCAAAAUAUUGUAAGGGUUUUGGAAAUAUUAAUGUUGAUGGUAGGCCCAAGCUAUUCAUAAACUAUUUCUCUUGGAUAGACUUUUCUUGAUACAAGUGUGAAACUGUCACCUGGAGGAAAUGAUUGUAAAGAAAACAUUGCCUUUUGAUAUCCAUAACAUUUUUUGUAUUGAUUGCAGUGAUUUCUUUUUAAAUGUAGAAUAUGCAUGCCCUUUGUGUUGAAGAAAUGUGUGCAGGACGUUGCAUGAAACAAUCCUUAGUCCAAUGAUGAGAAGUAUUUCAUUAAGAAAUUGUUUGAGAGUUCUUAUGAUUUUGAUUGGCUGUUACAUUGUUACAUCUUACCAUGGUACAUGUAGUUGCCAUAAAUUAUAAGGAAUAAUAACUUUGACAGAAACAGUAGCUAGUGAUACUACACACAUUUCUUUUUACUACUAUUUACAAUGAAAUGUAAAUCAAUUUCAUACAUCGAAAAUGAAUUUAUUCUCUGUAAGUUGAUCAUCUACUUGGGCUUUUCAAUGAAAUCAAAGAAGUUACAAAAUGUUUUUGGUAUUGGCACAAUGGGCCUAGUAACAAGUGCAGAGCAGUUGCGAUAAAUUUAUGUGGAAAUUUAAUUUCAGACAUCUGGAUAUGAAUUGCAAAGCUGUGGUUUGUGUGAUUAAGGUAAAAAAUGAACUACCCACUACUUAAAUUAAAUUGCUGGAAAUAGUCUGACAAAAGAAACAAUGAUUGGAAGAAGUGUUAGGAAGCAGCAUGGCAUUGGACUAUUUAUUGAAAUUGUAGAAGUAUUUCCUCAUUAAAUUUGAAUUCUAAGAAUUUGCAUUGUCUGCCAGAAGACAUGCAUUGUCAUUCUGUAAUAUUAUGUACAUGAUUAUUGUUAUUUAUAUUACUUUUGUUAUAGCAUUGAUGAGACAAAUGAGGAGAUAUGUACAAUGCAAAUGAAUUUGAUAGCAUUUCUCUUGAUUUUAUUCAAUAAAAUCUCUUUUCAUCAAAUAUACCUGUGUACAUUUUAUAAAUGUACUCUGACUGUAGCACAGUUCAGUUCUCACACAAUAAGAACUCAUAAUAUAUAUAUUGGCUCAUUGAGAAACAGAAUUGUUUUAUGUUUACAGAUUUAAUACCUUUCUGAUUCUCAAAGAGAAUACUAUCUGUUCAGAGCCAGAAAGCUGUCAGCUAUGUUAAAAUAUAUGAAGUAUUGCCUUCUGGAUUCAAGCAGAUUCAAGCAUUUAGGGUGAUCAAGCAGACACAAGCUGUGAUCACAGAUUAUUUUUUUUAUAAUUUACAUGUAUAUUUUAUUUUGUUUUCCUCCUUGUCCCAUACGAUUCGAUUCAAUUUGAAUGCAUGCAUUUAUGAAGUGGUUGGAUGUGAUUGAUUCUAUUCACUGUAAUGUUUGAUUAUCAAACAAACUGACUACAAGGACAGAUUCACUAAUGGCUAGAAUCAAUUUUAAGUGAGAUACAAUCGUGUUUCUAAUAUUUUUAUUGGUCUAGCUGUUAGUGUAUUCCUAUACAAUAAUCCCAUACUUCUUGGUAUUGGCACUUCUGGGAAAUGAAUAAGAAACCAAUAUUAAUAUUCAUGCAAAUUGCAUAUCUCAUGAAUUAUUUUGGUCAAA